UCUUUUCUCAUCUCACCUCACUCUACACUUCCCAAUUUAAGACCACAAAAAGGAAUAGAGAGAGAGAUAGAGAAAGGAACAAGAACAAAAAAUCACUUUUAUUCAUUUCCCCUUUUUCAAUUAAACACCAAAAGAAACCAAACAAUGCCUUCUUCUUCUCCUACCUUGUUCUCAAAAUGUACUAUAAUCCCUGACCAAAAAUCCACUAUUGGAAACCUUAAACUCUCUGUUUCAGAUCUUCCUAUGCUUUCUUGUCACUACAUCCAAAAAGGUUGUCUCUUCACAAAACCAUCAAUUCCCUUUCAUAAUCUAAUUGCUAUAAUCAAAACUGCUCUAUCUAGAACUCUCUCAAUCUUUCCACCUCUCGCCGGUCGUUUAACCACUGACUCGGACGGUUAUGUUUACAUAACCUGCAACGACGCUGGCGUCGAUUUUAUCACUGCCAUUGCCACUGAACUCUACAUCCAUGAUCUUUUAUCGACCAUGGAUGUCAAUGAGUCUUUCAAAGAAUUUUUUACUUUUGAUCGGAAAGUCAGUUACAGCGGUCAUUAUUCUCCAAUAAUGGCCGUUCAAGUAACUGAACUUUCCGACGGUAUUUUUAUCGGCUGUGCCGUUAAUCAUGCUGUCACCGACGGUACUUCCUUCUGGAAUUUCUUCAAUACAUUUGCACAAUUAUGCAGAGGAGCAAACAAAUGUAUCAGAAAUUCUCCAAGCUUCCGUCGCGACUCUGUUUUAAUCUCAAACGCUGUUCUCCGGUUACCGGAGGGAGGUCCGGUAGUGACAUUCAACGCCGACGCUCCAAUUCGAGAAAGAAUAUUUAGCUUCAGCAGAGAAGCAAUUCAGAAACUCAAAGCCAGAGCUAAUAACCGACGCUGGACGGAAAAUAACAACGCCGUUGAAUUGAUGCAGAAACACAUGAACGAUCACUAUAACAAUAACAACAACAAUAAAGAAAACGGUAACGGUAAGGUAGCGGCGUUAAUUGAAAAUUGGUUUAAAACCAAUGUUAAUUCAAAACAACAAACGGUUACCGUAACAGAAACAGAAACGGUUGAGAUUUCAUCUUUUCAAUCUCUAUGCGCGUUACUAUGGCGUGCAGUCACGCGCGCGAGGAAAUUUCAUCCAUCCAAAACAACUACUUUUAGAAUGGCGGUUAAUUGUAGACACCGUGUUAAACCGGAGCUAGAAUCAUUUUAUUUCGGAAAUGCUAUCCAGAGCGUUCCAACUUACGCUUCCGCCGGAGACGUAAUGUCGAAAGACAUACGGUGGUGUGCGGAGCAGCUGAAUAAAAACGUGAAGGCGCAUGAUAAUGGUAUGGUGAGGAAGUUUGUAGAGGAUUGGGAGAACAAUCCAAGGUGUUUUCCAUUGGGGAAUCCUGAUGGUGGUUCUAUAACAAUGGGUAGUUCUCCGAGGUUUCCAAUGUACGAUAAUGAUUUUGGUUGGGGAAAACCGUUAGCAGUUAGGAGUGGGAAAGCGAAUAAAUUUGACGGUAAGAUUUCGGCGUUUCCGGGGAGAGAUGGAAGUGGGACCGUUGAUUUAGAGGUUGUUUUGGCGCCAGAAACUAUGGCGGGGCUUGAGAAUGAUGCUGAGUUUAUGGUUUAUGCUACUAGGCAGUUAUGACACGUGUUGUUUUGUGGUGGGGACAAGUUAACUACUACUGAUUUUGUUGUUGUAAUUGUAUUGUAUGGUUCCAAGUGUGUGAUGUGUUCUUGGGGAUGUGGGGUUUAUUGUGACAUAAUUGUUGUUUGUUUUAGUUUUUUUUUUUAUCUGCUUUUGAUUUUAAUUUUGUAAUGAUAUAUUAUGUUGUUAAUGUUUUCAUAUUGACUAUUUAUUUUCUCUUCUCUUUGA